GUGGCGACAUGGAUAUCAACAGGGUUAGCAAUUGAAGAGGCUCAGAUUGCAUUGCUCAUCGAGGUCCGAAGGAUCGGAAGAAGAUCCACCGAGACACAGAGAUUAGACAUCGCCCGUCAAAGAGAUCGGCUCCAAGGCCAGAUAGAUGGAUUUGCUCGGUCUGCUCUAACACAUCUCGGGGAGGGAUUUGAUGCAGAUGAUGAACCUGAAGACUUGGACGUAGACAUUCUAGAUGAUCUCGAUGAUGACCCGGCGGAUUUCACAGAGACAUCUCACACAUGGACAAACUCUCCCGAGCUAACUGUAAUCCCAUUGCCAUCAAACCUGGGGGUUGACAGAUGCAGACGAUGCAUGGCAGAGGAUCUGAUUCCCCUGGAGAUGUCGCUUCGUGAAGGGCAGGCCAAUGAUGCCCUUCACAAUCUCCGCAUUUACCUUUGCAACAAGGCCAUCCUGUUCCGAACAACCGUUAGGCAGGCCAAUUCCCAGGCCCUGAAAACUCGAGCUUGGUCCCAGGUGACGUCGGUGCAGCAGGCAGUCUCCCUCCAUGCCAGCAUAUAUACAAAGACAAGGAAGCAAAUGAUGAAACUUGAGCCGGGGCAAGACCAGCUUCAGAAAUACAAACCCCUGCUUCGCGAGCAACUCAAAAUCAGCACUGCAGUGGGCGACCCAAAUGCCCGAGGUCAACGAAAUGAAUCUUUGGCUUGGUUUUGGUCUGUUGAAGUCGACCUCGGGGGUCCUGAUCAAUCGUGGAAUGAAGAAUUUUACCGAGUCCAUUGGCUGAGGGCAAAGGCACUACGGGAUCGAUGGAGGGAAGAAAUGCUAUUGGUCACAUUCGAGAUGGAUUGGACAUGUAAGUUCUUUUUGUGGAAAACAACCAUAUGGGGCGAGCACAUGCAGGAAUCAUUGGAGAAACGACUUCCGGGUCACGGAUGCUACGCCGGAAGGCAAUCCCACAUGUAUUCAUUGCUGGCACAGGAUGCGCAGGCAGCUUUUCAAGACCUACAAAACGUGUUGAUAGAGGCUGGAGAUGAAUGA